AGGAAUAAAUUCAGAUAUAUCUCAGAAUAAUGGUGGAUCCGAACAGAAAGAUAAACCGCUUGAUCGAGAAGGACGUGAACUUUCUGGAAUCCUGUGAGCUGGAGUUCGCGGGCCGCUUCACAGACGAAGAUCCCGAGUUUAUGGCGCACUGCAGCAAACCGCUGCCGGAACCGCCAAUUGUGGAGAACUGGAUGGGCGGAGGAGGGGGUGGAGGGGGAGGCGGGGGAGGAGGAGGUGGUUACCAGGGUGGCGGAGGUAAUCAUCCCUACAAUCGCUACAAUGGACAUCGCAGGGGGGGAGGCGACAGGGGAUGGCAGCGUCGCGGAGGAGCUGGUUACCACAACAACCAGGACAGGGGAUUCAGGGAUAAUCGCCGGCACAACAGAUACGAACCCAGAGAUCGUAGGGAUAAUCGAGAUCAUAGAGAUCGCUUUGAAGGAGGAGGAGGAGGCUCCUCAUCUGGAGGCUACAAGCGCUCCCAUGACCACCAGCAAAGGAGUGAUCCCCCAAAUAAUGAGCCACCCAUGAAGGUGCGUCGCGACUAUGGAAACUUUGUGCCUGCUUCCAAGGAUUAGAUUAAGAAAAACUCUUUACAUUACAAUCGAAUUAUUCACAUUUACAUAUUAUAUAUUUACUUGAUGGUUGAAUACUUAAGACUAGCAACUA